UUCAAACUCACCCAUCCCCCGCUCUCUCUCCCCCUUCUCCCGUUCCCGACUUCCCUCCCGGGACCGGAAAGGCACCGAGAGGGACCACCAUUGUAUAGCCGAUCCCUCUAAGGCAAUUCCAAUUCAAACCCCAAGAAAACAGAAAAAAAAUUAGAGAAAACUAGGCCAUGAUUCGCCGCAAAAUGGAGUUACUCCUCCCGGCCGUCUUGCUCAUCGCCUUGGCCUCGUCGGCCAGCGGAGACUCCUCGGUGCAGUUCACGCCGGCCGAUAACAUCCUCAUCGACUGCGGCGCCACCUCCCAGGUCACCAUGCCCGACGGCCGCACCUUCAAGUCCGACUCCCAGGCCAAUUCACACCUCUCGGCCAAGGACGAGAUCCGGGUGUCGGUCGCCAACGCCACCACCGACGUCCCCUCGCCGCUCUACCUCUCCGCCCGGGUCUUCCGCCAGGAAGCCACCUACAGCUUCCGUCUCAACCGCCCUGGCUGGCAUUGGAUCCGCCUCCAUUUCUACCCCAUUAACAACCCCGACUUCGACCUCACCAAGGCCUCCUUCGGCGUCCAGACCGAUGAAAAUGUCCUCCUCCACAGCUUCUACGUCGACAACCCGAAUCAGUGGGUCCUCAAGGAGUUCCUCAUCAAUGCCACCAAGGAUGAUCAGCUCAAGCUAAAAUUCCAGCCGCUCACCGACAAGGUCGCCUUCAUCAACGCCAUCGAAGUCGUCUCCGCUCCCGACAUCCUCAUCUCCGACACCGGCUCCACGCUCGUCCCUGUCGGCGAGACUGACGGCCUCUCGACCAAUGCCUACGAGACUGUCCACCGCCUCAACGUCGGCGGACCUGAGCUCACCUCCGCCAAUGACACCCUCGGCCGCCGGUGGGAGCCGGACUCCGGGUACCUGCAGUCGAAUGCCACCGCCGCCAGUGUAUCGGUGUCCCCUAGCAUCGUCAAGUUCCCUGAUGGAACUUCGCCGUUGAUCGCCCCCAGCUUGGUCUACGCCACCGCCGCCAAGAUGGCGGAUGCGAAAACCGGGAGGCAGAACUUCAACGUCUCAUGGCGUCUCAACGUCGACCCGGAUUUUAGCCACCUCGUGCGGCUUCACUUCUGCGACAUCGUGAGCAAAACGCUCAACGAUCUCUACUUCAACGUGUACAUCAAUGGGAAGAUGGCCAUUUCUGGGCUCGACCUGUCUACCCUCACCGGUGACCUUGCUGCGGCAUACUAUAAAGAUUUCGUCAUCAAUUCCGGCGCCGACCAGGUCAACUUGCAAAUUGGUCCGUUCAAUCAGGACACCGGCAGUAUUGAUGCAUUGCUGAACGGCGUGGAGGUUUUGAAGAUGAACAAUUCGGUGGGGAGCUUGGAUGGCGUGUUCGGAGUAGACGGCAAGAAGGCCGACGAUAACACAAGCCGCAAGGCGGUCGCCGCCGUUGGAUUUGCCAUGAUGUUCGGUGCCUUUGCAGGGCUCGGCGCCAUGGUGGUCAAGUGGUACAAGAGGCCGCAGGACUGGGAGAGGAGGAACAGCUUCUCUUCAUGGCUCCUCCCUAUCCACACAAGCCAUUCAAGCUUCAUGACUAGCAAGGGAUCCGGCUUCGGCUCCCACAAGAGCGGCUUCACCUUCUCCUCCACCAUGGGUCUCGGCCGGUACAUGUCCUUAGCCGAGCUGCAGGCGGCAACAAAGAACUUCGACCCGAACACCAUCAUCGGCGUCGGCGGCUUUGGGAAUGUCUACCUUGGCGACCUUGACGACGGGACGAAGGUGGCCGUCAAGCGAGCGAACGCAGAAUCCGAGCAGGGGAUCACCGAAUUCCAGACGGAGAUCCAAAUUCUGUCGAAGCUCCGCCACCGCCACCUGGUGUCGCUGAUCGGAUACUGCGACGAGAACAAUGAAAUGAUCCUGGUGUACGAGUACAUGAAGCAUGGGCCUUUCAGGGAUCACAUUUACGGGAAGGACCUGCCACAUCUGUCAUGGAAGCAGCGGCUCGAGAUUUGCAUUGGGGCGGCGCGGGGGUUGCACUACCUCCACACCGGCACGGCGCAGGGCAUCAUCCACCGCGACGUCAAGACCACCAACAUUCUCCUCGACGAGAACUUCAUCGCCAAGGUCUCCGAUUUCGGGCUCUCCAAGGAUGCGCCGGGGAUGAACCAGACGCAUGUCAGCACGGCGGUGAAGGGCAGCUUCGGCUACCUCGACCCCGAGUACUUCCGGUGCCAGCAACUCACGGAGAAGUCCGAUGUGUACUCCUUCGGUGUCGUGCUGCUCGAGGCUCUCUGCGCACGGCCGGCCAUCAACCCGGCACUCCCCAGGGAGCAGGUGAACCUCGCCGAGUGGGCGAUGCAGUGGAAGAGGAAGGGACUGAUCGAGAAGAUCAUCGACCCCAACCUCGCGGGCACCAUCAACAAGGACUCGCUCAACAAGUUCGUCGAGGCCGCCGAGAAAUGCUUGGCCGAGCACGGUGUUGACCGGCCGUCCAUGGGCGAUGUGCUGUGGAACCUCGAGUACGCACUCCAGCUACAGGAUGCGAACCCGCCGACGCCGCCUGCUCCUAAGAAAGGCGACGGCAGUGUGUCCGCCAGAUCUUCCUCUUCUUCUUCUUCAUCGGAGGGCGACUCCCCUCAGGCGCUGGCCGAGGAGGCGGCCGAGGUCCAUGCCAUCAGCCAUGAUGCAGUGGAGAAUUCGAGCACAGCCGUGACGAAUGAGUUGUUCGCUCAGCUUGCAGCGAUGAAAGGGAGGUGAUGAAGCCCGGUAGCAUGAAUAACUAACAGUAUCUUCGUUAACCACAAGUGAUAAUGUGAGGGGUUGUGGGGGUUGUGACUGGAUAGGGGGUUCAAUUCUCUCUUGUGAUUGCCUAGCUCUCCUCAUGUACAAAUGGGAGUUGUGUGGUAUUAUGAAAGGUCGUUUGGUUCGGUUCGGUUCUGUUGGUGUUCUGAUAUUUAAUAUAAUACAAAAUUUAUUAUAUGUGAGAGCUAGGGAGAGUCUGUUGAGAUUGAGAACAGUUUUAAGGUACAUAAGCAAACAGGGGGAAAGGCCAUUUUUUGGGUGACCAAUUUACCUGGUGAAAAAUAAAGGAGAGAGUCAUUUU